ACAGUUUGUGAUUGACGAUCACCUCGACCGCACGUUGCGGCGCUGAAUCAUGUUCAUUUAGCGAAUAAUUUGUAUUUUUAUGGUCUUUGCAGAAAUUGCAAGACUUCGUCUCUCUUUUUUAGCAUUAGUCGCCACGUUGUUAUUGUAAAUAAACAAAGGCGCCACCCGCGCACGGUUGACUCACUUAUUAACAUCGUCAAGUGUGUAAACAAGACAGAAUAAUUAUUUUUUUUAUACGAAACUGUCGUAAUGAUUAAAUUUACAUCUUUUUGUAAUCAUGUGUACAUUGAUUGACUGUGUGUUGUCGUGUUAGUGAUAUGUUGAAGAAGCCGAGAAAGAAUUAAAAGUAAUUUAUUGGAUUAUUAUAAAACUAUGAUAAUGAGGUGCCCGUGAAGGGAGGUGCUACCGUCUCCAGAUAUGAAUUCGGACGUUCAUCGUCACCAAGCUCAUCCGCCGUUGGCGCAGCACGGUGUGCACAGCACGCAGAGCGUUGGUCCGUGCGGGUGGUACUCCGCAUCCGCCACCCCGGCGCCUACUGCACCCGCACGUCUCAAGCGGGCGCAACCACCCCACCAGCUACCGUGCGGCGGGGGAGUCAGCGGAAGCAAUGGUCCUCACGCGCCGCUCUCGCCCACAACGUUACAAAAUUCUGUUCAACAUAACAACGUGAUGUCGUCGUCGGUGCGCGCGGCGGCGCCCGGCGCGCCCGCACCCGCGCCCAUGCACACCUCGCAAACCAGCGCCGUGGUUCCUAAGGGACCGAGUGACGUCCUUGUGAACUCGUCUGGUCAAAAUCCACCGCCCGCAGCCAACAGGCUUAUCAACAUGACGCAGUGGCCCUGGCACCACGGCGCCAUCUCCCGCGAGCGCGCGGAGGCGCUGCUGUCGGGCUCGCCGGACGGCGUGUUCCUCGUGCGCGAGAGCACCAACUUCCCCGGCGACCACACGCUCUGCGUGCGCUUCCGGGGACGCGUCGAGCAUUACCGAGUUAAAUGGGCGACAGCGCCUGACAGUCAAAAUCAACGCCUGACGAUAGACGAUGAGGAGUUCUUCGAUAAUAUGCCCGAUUUAAUUCAGCAUUAUUUAAAAGAUGCAGACGGGCUUUGUACAAAAUUAGAAAGAUGGCUUCCUAAAUCAUCUCCAAAUGGUGCCAAUAAUAAUAAUGUUCUUCAAACACCAUUUUCCCCAUUGCCACAGCAGCCACCACCGUACCCGCCCACGCCGAGCGUAUCGAGCGCACUGAGCUCGGGCCACUUCCAGCACGCGUUCGGGCACCUCUCCGCGGACCAGCCCGACGGCGCGCAGAAGUUGAUGGAUGCGCGUUGGAUAAUAGCUGAACGAGAUUUGGAAAUUCGAGAAAAUAUAGGCAAAGGCGAGUUUGGCGAUGUGAUGCUCGGCAUUCUAAAUGGCACUCAAAAAGUAGCCGUAAAGAUUUUAAAGGAUAGAGAGGCGGCCAGCAAGUUCCGUGCGGAAGCGAGUGUUAUGGCAUCUCUUAAACACGAAAAUUUGGUUCGAUUGCUGGGCUGCGUGGUGUUCAGUAUGAACGGCAGCACGUGCAUCGUGACGGAGCACUGCGCGCAGGGCUCGCUGCUCGACUAUCUGCGCUCGCGCGGCAGGCACUACGUCACGCAGCUCAACCAAAUAAACUUUGCGUACGACGCGUGCUGCGGCAUGGAGUAUCUGGAGCGGCAGCGCGUGGUGCACCGCGACCUGGCGGCGCGCAACGUGCUCAUCUCGGCGGAGGGCACGGCCAAGGUGGCCGACUUCGGCCUCGCGCGCACUGACGCCACGCCCGACGACCCGGCCGACGCGCUGCGCGUGCAGGCCAAGCUGCCCAUCAAGUGGACCGCGCCCGAGGCGCUCAAGUACAACAAAUUUUCAAAUAAGUCUGACAUGUGGAGUUUUGGUAUACUUCUCUGGGAAAUAUAUUCAUUCGGGAGAGUUCCGUAUCCGAGAAUCCCGCUGGCGGACGUGGUGCGGCACGUGGAGCGCGGCUACCGCAUGGAGGCGCCGGAGGGCUGCCCGGCCGGCCCGUACGACGUGAUGCGCGCGGCGUGGCACGCCGACCCCGCGCAGCGCCCCACCUUCGCGCACACGCGCCUGCGCCUCGCCGCCAUCCGCGACGCCGCGCACGCGCACCAGUGAAUGCGGUAGUAAAGACGGUGAAACUUUUAAGUUAAACUUUGUUACACUAGUGGCCGCUGUGAAAAUGCAAGCUGUAUUUUUAAUAUACAAGGUUUUAAUCUAUCGUGUAAGUACUAAAUUAUUUUGAUAAAGUAUAAAUACUUCUUCCUCGCUUAAGAAGUAACCAUAAUGCAGGAUAGUAAAAAUUGGUGUGUUAUAGAGGAGAAUUUUAUCUCAUGUUGUGUAUUUUUGCUCUCGCGGGGCUUUUAGUGGCCUCUCAGUGGCGUGAAGUAUAUUAUUUAGUACUAGGAUAAAAUCACUAUGUCUCGCAUUCUAUUACAUUAUAUUAAAUUAUAUUGUUCAAAUUAUGCACAAAUUUUACAAAGCACAAUAUUCUUGGCCAUGGACCAUAAUUUUUGAAACCUUCAUAUGAAAUGAUAUCUUUUUAUAAUUUUCAUAUAAAUAAAUAAUUUAGGAAAUAUUUUCAUGAUACAUAUAAACAAAAGGCAAAGUUGAUAAAAAUAUUGUGAUAACGUUUUUAUUAAAUUAUUUUUAGUACGUAUAUUUCGAGUAUUUAGUAAAUUUCUACCAAUAGUCCAUGGAGACAUAAUUGUUACUUAACAAUAACACUGCGAAUUGUAAUAAAAGUAUGUUAAAUAGCUGAUUGUAUGCAUGUAUAAUUUUUUAUCGAAACUCUGAUUCAAAAUUUAUAUUCGAAUGUGUAACUAUUUCUAAAGCUGAUAAAAAAAUACAAACGAUUAGAUUAUCGGUGGCACUAAAAGCCCUUUUAUAAUUUGUAAGGCCUAAAUAAUAUAAUGUAAAAUUCCUCAAUGAAAUAACGUGACCGUAUGUCGGUACUAUGGUACUGUCUAGUCAAAUAACAUUUGUAGUUUUCUUUGUAUCAUAUUUUUUUUCCUCUAUUUAAAUAUAAAUAUGGUGUCUGAUCACACUGUAAACGUGAACAUUUAUAAUGCACAUAGAGAAAUAUAUCGAUAAUUUAUGAGUACUAUAAGUUAAUACGCAUUUCUUGUCUGCAUGCAAGGAACUCGAAAUGCUAUUUUUUAAUAAUCUUUACCGAUGUAAUUGAACACACAAAACGAUUCCAUUAUAUUUUUUAUUAUUAUGUGAAGAGACCACGUAAAUUAGUAAUUCAUUCCUUUACAAUAUUAGUGUUAAAGUCUGAUAUUAAGAUAAAUCGUUGAAUUUUUAGCUGAUCUUCAUUAUUUUUUUUUUGUUUAAGAUUGGUAUUAGCACUGUGUUGUAGAGUAAUCAUGUGUGCUUAGAUAAAAUAAGGAAUAAAGUUGUUUAACUAACUUCCUGGUUGUGUGCUAAAACUUAGUGAUUACCAUUGGUAAUUUAAAAUCGUAAUAUACGGUUUAAUAUUGUUAAUAAAAUAAAAUGAGGUUGUAUGGUAUAAAUAUAAAAAAUAAAUUGUCAUGACAAAUGGAGACAAAAAAAUGGAAUCUCAGUUGGAGAAGUGUGAUGGUAUUUCGAUUUAAUGUUUGUGGAACUCUUCUAUGCUUGUCAUUGUAAAUUUUAAAAUGAUUUAUUUAGAACAUUUCAUUCAAAAUGUAAAUAUUUUUAUUGUUGCAAUUACAAGCAUACAAAACACUACCGAUUAUGUUUUGAAUAGCAAUGAUUUACUCAAAGGCUACACGAUGGGAAAGUCCACUUAUUUUCCUUAUGCAAUACUAGUUAUAAGUGUUACAUUGUUUUCUUUUUACGAUUAAUUUAUAAAUUUCUUAAAAAUUGGUUAGUAAUCCGAGCCGAACAUGGUCUAUUAGCGUGUCGCAAUGUAUUCGAUAUCGUUCUAUCUAUUGCUACAUUUUGUUUUUAUCUAAAGUUAAUAGACAAAUAUAGAUAGAUAAUUUUCAUGGUAAAAAUUCAUGUAAAACAAUGAUAUUAAUUUGUUCCUUAAAAUGUAAAUUAUUUUUAAUCGAAUAUGUAGAAUUAUUGUAAUUUCCGAGCCAUAUAUAGUAUGAAUUUUUCUUAUGAAAAAAUAAUGAGACUGUGUGUUAUACAAAUUUAAAUAAAUAUUUAUUGCCUACAUAAAAUGUCUACUUAUACAUUUUUGCGAUCGCUAAUAGAUCCUUACGACUCCACGCAAGAGUCAUUUUUUACCAAAGUAAUUUCUUCAGGUAGCAAAACCUUUAUAUUAUUUGCAGUCUUCCUCGUUCGAUAAAUUGUAAUAACACACAACUUUAAACGAAUGCUAGUCUAAAGUUUGUUAACUUAGGACGAAAAAGAGCGUAUCUGAAAUAAAUAUACCCUGUAAUAUUUUAAAGGUAAAAAAUGAAAAUCUCGUUUUUGUUUUUGUUUAUUAUUGUACUAUUUUCAAAAUGUAAAUACGUGUAACAAUAAGGAAUAAAUGUAUUAUAAGAAACUAUGAA